UUGGCAGACAAACUGUGGAGGAAUGAAUCUGAAGAGAUUAAAAAUGAGUAUAAACAAUUAGCUAAAACAAUGAAAUGUUGUGAGCAAAGUUUUAAGACCGAAACCAUUGAUAAUGUUGAAAACUCUAUCUCGCUUGGGACCACAAGUGAUUAUCCUUCGACCAACACUGAACCUAACCUAUAUGGUCAGUUUCUAGCAAACACGUUAAAUAUUAAUUUGCCACCCAUCACCGAUGAUACAUCUACCAUUUCGGUACAAACAUCGAAUCUCCAAAAUA